AUGAAUUCAGGGCAACAACAAUUCUAUAAUUAUGAAUUGAAUAAUACAGAAAACAAUUUAGUACAACUAAACACUAAUCCGAACAAUAAAGUAAUCAGUUGUAUCGAAGAUUUAUCUAAUGAAAUUUUUUAUCAUAUUUUUGAUUAUCUUGAUGGAUGUCAAUUGUAUGAUUCAUUUGUAAAUCUUAAUACACGUUUUCAAAAUCUUCUCAUAUAUUCAUCUAUACCUCUUAAAAUUAAUAUUGAUUCAAAACAUGAAAUAAUCAUUGAACAUUAUUGCAAGAAUAUAAUUAAUCGAAAUAAAUCUCGUAUUAUAUCAAUUCAUUUAUUAACUACUAUAGCUGUUAAACAAUUUUUUAAAUUAAUUACUAUCAAUUCAUUAUUCAAUCGUUUACAAUCACUUGUUAUCAAUGGUAUUGUUGAAUAUAAACUUCAAUUACUUCUUAAACAAUUAAGUUUUUUACCUCAGUUUUAUUCAUUGAAUAUUUUUCUUAUUGGUCAAUUAGAAUCAUUCGAUAAUAUCUAUCAAUUAAUUUUUCAUUUACCUUUUUUAAAAUAUAAUAGUCUAUCCUAUGGACCAUGGAAAAUACCAAUUACAUUGCCAUUUGCUAGAAAUCAACAAUUUAAUUCUAUUGAAUAUUUAAAUAUUAAUAUUGUUAUAACUCUCAAUAAACUCAUUGCUAUACUUUCAUAUACACCGAAAUUAUGUCGUUUAACUUGUCAACAAUUGUAUGGUUCGAGUCAACAUACUCAAAUAAAUGAGAUCAUUGUAUUACCUUAUCUAACAUAUAUCAAUUUCAAUCGAUGUCGUUUACAAUUUUCUGAAUUAGAAUUAUUUAUUAAAAAACUUAACUCUCAAUUAAAAGUAUUACAUUUCAAUACAUUUGAUAAUAUAAUGUAUCUUGAUGCUAAUCGUUGGCAAAGAUUAAUUUUACAAUAUCUACCAUAUUUACAAAAAUUUGAAUUUGAAUAUGAUGAAAAUAUUUCUCAUAUUUUUCAACUUGGACAAUACCAUCAACAAAUCAAUCGAUUUACAUCAUCUUUUUGGCUCAAACAACAGUGGUAUUUACAGCUUCAAAUUUAUGCAUUACCUUUUUCUAAUAAUCGAAUAACAUAUUCGAUUCAUUCAUACAGAAAAAAAUGGUAUCAUGUAUAUGAACAUAUAAAAAAUGAUAUACAACAAGAUAAGUCUAUUGAUAUCACUUCACAGAAUAUUCGAAAUAGUUUAAUUUCAUAUAAUCGAGGUGUUGAACUUAUUGUAAUUAAUCAUUGUGAUUUCGAACAAUAUCAAUCUUUUAUUGAGAAUAUUAAAUCUUUAUUUCAAUUAGUACAAAUUACUUGUUUAAAUAUUGAUUUAUCUUAUUUAUCCAUUGAUUUAUUUAUUAAUUUCAUAUGUAAUUUACCUAAUCUUGAUUCGUUAAGUAUGUCUUGUUUGCCUUUACUAGAAUUAAAUAUUUCAUCGGAAACGCAAUCUAAACUUCAGUUAAUAUGUAAUCAGAACAAAAUUACGAAAGUGAAUCUUGAAAAGUUGAUAGAUAUCAAAGAAGUUCAAUUUAUCAUUAAUCUUUGUCCACGUUUGGAAUUUUUACAAGUUGGAUAUACAAAUAAUAUGAAUUUUGAAUUGUCCAUACAUUUUAUUUUAAUGAAUUAUAAAGUUAAAUCUCUUCUUAAUUUUCGUCUAUUAUGUCUUCAUUCUCCAGUAGCAGACCAGAAGACAAUUAAAAAAAUACAAAACAUGAUCGAUUCGGCAAAAUUGCUUAAACAUUAUUCAAUUAAUCGUAUACUUGAUAAAAUUUAUUUACAAUGGAAAUAA